AUGACAAUUCCAUACGAAGUUAAACCAUCAGAUGAAAUCAAGGGUGCUCCUGAGGUUUCCUAUUACACUCCAGAACAACCUGUUCCAGCUGGUACUUUUUACCCUCAAUCACCAGAUGAAGUUGCUCCCAAGAUUUUCCAACCUUUAAAGAUUGGUAAGCUUACUUUGCAUAAUAGAAUCGGUGUCUCGCCAAUGUGUCAAUACUCUGCUGAUUAUAAUUUUGAAGCAACUCCCUACCAUUUAAUCCAUUAUGGUUCGUUGGUCGUUCGUGGUCCAGGAAUAACUAUUGUUGAAAGCACUGCUGUUUCUCCAGAGGGUGGAUUAUCGCCUCACGAUUUGGGAAUUUGGAAGGACGAGCAAGCACAGAAAUUGAAACCAAUUGUUGAUUAUGCACAUUCGCAAAAGCAAUUGAUUGCCAUCCAAUUAGGUCAUGGUGGUAGAAAAGCAUCUGGUCAGCCAUUAUUUUUGCAUUUGGAACAAGUUGCUGACAAAUCUGUCAAUGGGUUUGCCGACAAAGCUGUUGCUCCUUCUCCAUUGGCAUUCAGACCAAAUGGUAAUUUACCAGUUCCUAAUGAAUUAACCAAAGAGGAAAUCAAGCGUAUUGUUAAGGAUUUUGGUGCUGCCGCUAAAAGGGCUAUUGAGAUCAGUGGAUUUGAUGCAGUGGAGAUCCAUGGUGCUCAUGGUUAUUUGAUUAAUGAGUUUUAUAGUCCAAUUUCAAACAAGAGAACGGAUGAAUACGGUGGCAGUUUUGAAAACAGAACCAGAUUUUUGAAAGAAGUUAUUGAUAGUGUUAAGUCGAGUAUUCCAAAGGAUGCCCCAGUGUUUUUGAGAAUCUCUGCUGCUGAAAAUAGUCCUGAUCCAGAAGCUUGGACUAUUGAAGACUCAAAAAAAUUAGCUGACAUUUUAAUUGAAAAGGGCAUAGCAUUGGUAGAUGUGUCAUCUGGUGGUAAUGAUUACAGACAGCCACCAAGAUCAGGAAUCAGUAAAGAGUUAAGAGAGCCAAUCCAUGUUCCCUUGUCUCGUGCAAUUAAGCAACAUGUUGGCGACAAGCUAUUAGUCAGUUCAGUAGGUGGAUUAGAGAAAGAUCCUGAAUUACUCAACAAGUAUUUGGAAGAAGGAGCAUUUGAUUUUGCUUUGAUCGGUAGAGGAUUUUUAAGAAAUCCAGGUUUGGUCUGGGAGUUUGCUGAUAAACUUGGUGUCAGACUUCAUCAGGCUUUGCAGUUAGGUUGGGGUUUCUGGCCCAACAAACAACAAAUUAUUGAUUUGAUUGAAAGAACAUCUAAAUUAGACGUAAAUUAG